UCCCAAAAUGAGCGGCCUCGAAGGCGGCAACAAGCUCGCGCUCUCCGAGACUCCCGGCCUCGCUGCUCCCGAGCACGCCCCAGGAGAUUCGGACCUAAGCCAGUGCCAGGGGCUCCGUGCAGAGACCGAAGAGACACCGGCCAUGGCGGAUGCAGGUGGGGUCGGUCUGGAAACCGCCGCAGAGGAAGGUACACCCCGGGAUGCCGUGGACUGCGGUCCUGCGCUCAGCCCGAUCGCUGCGAACCACGGCGGUGCGGCGAGCAAAGCGGCACAGGGAGAUGCUACGUCCCCCACGCAGGGCUCCGAAGCCGCCUGUGCCUCCAUGGCAGCAGACAACAGCCAGAAAAAUGGCUGUCAGCCUGGAGAGCCGCGCAGCCCAGCUGGGCAGAAGGCUCUAGAAGCCAGCGGCGCAGGGGGGUUGGGGUCUUUGGUGAUCUCUGGGGCCAAAGCCAAAGAGAUGACGACUAAGAAGUGCGCCAUCACUGUGGCAGCAGAGAAGGAGGGAGAAGCUGAGGCGGGGAUGGAGAAGAAAGCUGCACCGAAGGAAAAGAAGGUGGUGGGAGGAGUGAAAGAGGAGGCGCGGCCCAGGGCUCCGAAGAUCAAUAAUUGCAUGGACUCGCUGGAGGCCAUUGAUCAGGAGCUCUCUAACGUCAAUGCCCAGGCUGACAGGGCCUUUCUUCAGCUGGAGCGCAAGUUUGGCCGAAUGCGAAGACUUCAUAUGCAGCGCAGGAGCUUCAUUAUCCAAAAUAUCCCGGGGUUCUGGGUCACUGCCUUUCGGAACCACCCGCAGCUGUCGCCUAUGAUCAGUGGCCAAGAUGAAGACAUGAUGAGGUACAUGAUUAAUUUGGAAGUGGAGGAGCUUAAACAUCCCAGAGCAGGCUGCAAAUUCAAGUUCAUCUUUCAGAGCAACCCCUACUUCCGAAAUGAGGGGCUGGUCAAGGAGUAUGAGCGCAGAUCCUCUGGCCGGGUAGUGUCUCUGUCCACUCCGAUCCGCUGGCACCGAGGCCAAGACCCCCAGGCUCAGAUCCACAGGAACCGGGAAGGGAACACGAUCCCCAGCUUCUUCAACUGGUUCUCCGAUCAUAGCCUCCUCGAAUUCGACAGGAUUGCUGAGAUUAUCAAAGGAGAACUGUGGUCCAAUCCCCUCCAAUACUACCUGAUGGGUGACGGAGCCCGCCGAGGAAUUCGAGGCCCACCAAGGCAGCCCGUGGAAAGCCCCAGGGCCUUCAGGUUCCAGUCCGGCUAAUCUCUGCCCUCCUCAGAAGCUCCUGCACAAGUUUCCUUACCAUCUCCUCCUGGACUUAACGCUUGACCAAUAGCAUGCAGUCUUCUCUCUGCCUUCUCUUCAUACUGGAUCACUGUGUCCUCUGGACUUUCCGAAUCUUCAACAGAUUGUGCUUAGGUGCCUGUGCUCGUCUCCUUCUGGGCCUUCAUGCUCUUCUGCGUAGUGUUACUGUUCCAGGUGCAUGGCCUCCUUCUGAUGCUUCUAUGACAAGCUCAUGAUGCUGUAGAUGCGUAUUGUCUUUGCAUGGCUUGAGCCCUGUCUGGGACUAUGGUCGUCUUGUAGUUAUCUAAGUGGUUCUCUCCUACAAGAAAGCUUGAUCCAUUUUGAAAAAUAACUAUCUGGGCUUCAUACUUCAUGCUGCUGUGCUCCUGAUAAUUCAUAUGCUUAAGGCAUGCUCUGAUUUGCACCACCACAAGAUGAGAAACUGAUAUCCCAAUUCAGCCAUCAACUGAACUGGACAUUCCAGGCUACCACUGACUGGAUGCCAGGUGCCUCCCAGAGCUUAGGCCAUCUACCAUGCUGGUUAUUUGGCAGAACAAGCAGGUGGCUGGUGGGUGACUGCUAGGUAUGAGAAUUAAGUAACAGAGAAGAGGCAUUUCUGUGUUACAACCUGGACUUUUCCCUUUGAUGACUCUGCUUUGGGACCAGCUACUGGUGAGUAUGAAGGUCUGUGUUGGAGCUCACCCCUACUUGCUAGGCACAGUUCACUAAUGUCUGCCUGGAGAGCUAUCUGUGGUUCAUUCCCAGACACAUGCAGGAAACCCACACCAGCACCCCCUCGCCCCUUUAGACAGAUUGGUCUGGCCUA